AUGCCGAGUGAACCUACCGGUGCCGCCAAUAGUCAAAGUGUUUUGGGUAAAGGUCUCUAUGAAUGCGACAAAAAUUCAUUUUUUGAUGCUAUUGUGCGAUCAAUUGAGGGCCAACAGGAGUACCAUCAGUGCAACUCAUUUAAGGUCAGAAAACGGGAUGAAAUGGUCUAUGGAUUAAAAAGAGGACGAUAUAUACCACUCAAUUCAUAUGGAUUUUCAGCACUGCUUGACAGCAACGGUGCUGAACACUUCAUACGUAUGGGCGCUAUAAUAGGUGGUGAGUGCGACGAUUCGCCUAUUUUUCUCCAGAAUCUAAUGGUUAUGUCCAACGGUUCCUGUGAUUCAGCAAAUGGUGUCUCACAAUUGCAUUCAGUUUCGGCCAAUUAUGUCAUACAAGGCAAGUGCUAUUCUACCUGUUCUGGUGAAGCAACAGUUGACUACUGGCCCGGAAAAACUAAUUAA